AUGGAAGGAGAAAUAGAUUAUCAAGAUGAAAAUGCAUUUGAACUCCUGUGGGAGGACAAUGAAGGGGAGAAAAUGGAGGAGGAGAUUGAAAAAGAAGAUAUAGAUGGAAAAGAUAAUGAUCAAAACCACAAUGAUAACCAAGAAAAAACAGCAUCAGAUAGUAAAGAAGAAGAGCAGGAGCAGAUCAAUGAAAGUAACAAUAAUGAGAGGGCUAUGGUGAUGUAUGAAAAAAGUAAUGAGAAGAAUAUUGAAAAGAUCAUUAUGGAAGGAGACUUAUCCCCCAACCAAACAAGCAAACUAAAGGAGACAUAUGCCGAACAGAAAAAGCAGAAUGAUAAGGAUCUUAUAGGGGAUCAUGCAUCUUCUAGGCAAUCAAAGAGAAAUAUUAUCAGAAAUCCCAAAUGUCAAUGA